UUGAUUAAUGAACGUAACUCAGCUCAAUAAUAGAUAAUAGUUAUCCUCUCAAACUCGCAGACAAAUUUCUCAAUUUCUCACUUUCUUCUGCAUCUCCAGAUUGCAUGCAUGCUUUACAUAUGUCUGUUUCCUACUAACCCUUUGCCAUUUUCUCCAUUUUUUAAUCAUACCCAUCUCCCAAAACCCCUCAAAACUCUGCUUCUUUCAAAAGGGUUUCUGUUUACUUGAUCAAAAACUGAGCUUUGAUACAAGACCCAGAAGAAGAAGAAGAAGAAUCUUACUUUUGUUAUGGCACAGCAGAAGAUGCAUUGUGCUGUUCAAAGAACCUAUAUUGAUAAUCAAAAAGUUAUUGAUGGAGGAAAGUGUUACUCAUUUAGGAAGUCUUUAGAACACGAUAAUUACAGAGCAUCUUCAGAGGAUUGUGAAAUUGCUUCUCUCAAAGCAAGAAACUCUGGUAACAGGUGUUCUGUCCUGACAUUCUUUACUCCUGAAUCUGUUGGACUCUGGAGAAUUGUUGCACAAACACCAGAAUGUCUUGAUCAUGUGAAGGCGUUUGGAUCUGGGUCUGAAGUGAAUAUGGAUGGUCUGCAUCUAGUUACCCCAUCACCUAUUAAUUCACUCAAAGUUGACCAACGAAAGCCACAAAAAGGGCCUCUGCAUGAUGUUACUUAUUUUGUCAAGUCAUUUCCAGCAAGAAGCUUUCCUGGAUCAGAUGGGGGACAUCAAUCUCAAAGCAGGACAUUCACCAAUAAAGCUACUAGAUUGAAUGAAUUUUCUAGUAAUCCAUGUUCUCAAGGUUCUAUCUCUUGCAGAUCAUCCUCUGCCUUCAUCCCCCAAAGGUCUAGUUGUUUGAAAUCAUCUGACUUAUUUUGUGAAAAAUCCAAAGUAGACAAGGCUAUAAAGAGAAAUUUGAGCAAGAAGACAAGAAAGAAGGGAAAACAGAAGAAGAAGUUCUCACGUGAUUCUGUCUCUACUGAACUAAAAGUUUCCCCUGAGGAUUAUGAUGGUGGUACUUCGGUCUCAAAAACCUGUAGUAACAAUGAUAUGGAUCAUGGUGACAGACUAGUAUCAUGUGCAACUUCACAAGAAGAUUCAUUAUCAGAUAGUAGAGUUAAUGUGAUAGACAUAGAUAACAAUAAUGGCAUCAGGAAUCCUUCUGAAUCCCCAAAGACAUGCACAUCCUACUUUGAUGAAAUAGAUAUGUCAGAAGCUAAGGCACCUUCUUCAGUUCAGAAUUUUCAUGGCGGAUGUCAUGUAAUUGAUUCUGAAAUCAGCAUUCACAUGGAAGACCAAGGAUUUCCCAUUCUUGGUGGAGUAGAAGAAUCAAAUCAUCAACAGAUCAGCCAUUAUGGUGGAAUACAUUCAAAUGGAUUACCUCAUAUGUGUGACUCCCGAGUUUUGGAUUCAACUUCUGUUGGUUCAAACAGUGAUAUCAGCAGUAUUACUAGCUGCAACACUAAACCAUGUGAUAAGGAAAGCAACGAAAAUGGUCUUUCAGAUCCACCAGAGUAUGGUUCCAGAGAGGCAUGUUUCUCUUGUCCAAACUCAUUGAAUGGUGUUGUAGACUUCUAUGACUACACUGAAGGGUCAAGAAUUGGCAAUCAGAAUUUUAGAAGCAGUGACAUGCAAGCGGUUGCACCAGGCAAGAAGAGUAAGCAAGCUAAAAUGGUGCUGAGGGGUUCAAGUGCCUAUAAACUUGGAAGUGCUGGUAAAUCGCAUGGUUGUGUUGGGAAGGAAAACAGCCAUCGAGUGUGGCAGAAGGUUCAGAAGAAUAAAAUGAGUGAAUGUUGCCCUGAUUUUAAGAAAGUAAAUCCUGUGGGCUCAGAGACUCUCAAAGAGGCUUCUUUGGUUAGAAAAAACCCUAACGUUGCUAAGGUAGAUAUGUCAUCAAAAACGGAGGACAAAAAGCAUUUAAAACGUAAGGUUUUAAGGAAGCAGAAAAGAAAAACUUGUCCAGGUUCAAAGCAAGAAUACAACUCUUAUUCCCCUAGGGCCUCUCAUCACAGCAAGGCAAGUUCAAAUGCUCACCCAAAGAUUUCUACUCAACCGAAUGAAAUAUUAGAUAUCUCCACACAGGUGAGUUACCAAAAAAGAUUGGGAAGUGUUCUGAGAUCUCAUCCUCAGAUUGGUUGUCAAGAGGUUGGGUUCCAGAACAGCAGAGUCAAAUCGUUGAAAUCCGAAUCAUUGCAAAAAUCACAUGAUUGUCCAGAAAUUUUGGGGUCACCUAAAAGUUUUUGCAAUACUGUUUCUGGAAUAAAGGAAAUAAAUCAAGAUAACUUACUGGCAAGAUCCUGCUGUUUGGAAAAAUUGAAUAUGUUUGAGGGGCAGUCUCAAGUUUACCUUCCUCAUCUUAUAGUUAAUGAGGCUGCUAAAGAGGAAAAGGAUAUUUCUCUUGCUGAAUACAGCAAGCAAAAUCAUUGUUCUGGGUCUCUUUUGCAGAAAUGGGUACCCAUUGGGACCAAGAAUCCUCAGAGUACGACCUCUACAAGAUGUGACAGUGUAUCAUCAGGGCAUUCUGAUGGGCAAGGUGUUGAGGACUGGAUUUUGAGAAGCAAUGUCAAUGAGAAAGUUUGUACCAAAUCUCAAAAUCCUGUUUGUUUGUUGGACGUUGAGAGGAUGAGCACAGGCUUGGUUUCUGAAAGUACUUCUCAGGAGGAUGAAAACUAUUCUCCAAAUUUGACGGAUACAAGUGCCGACAUAUUCAAGGAAAAAAAUAGCAAGCAUGUUGCAGCCAAUUGCUUGACUAUUGAAUCUAAAGAUCAAAACUUUUCUGCAGUUGAAACUGAUUUAGAGAAGAUUUUACUAGCAGUGAAUCAUGCCUGUAGGAUGCUGUUUGCAUCUGAAGCUGUUCAGAUGGCCACUGGUUCUCCAAUUGCAGAGUUUGAAAGACUUCUCCACUCCUCCUCCCCAGUCAUUUAUCAUUCACCAAAUAUAAUAAGCUGUAAUAAGUGCUCACAGGACCAGGUUGUUGGGGCAUCUUUGUGCAGACACGAGGCGCCUAAUAUCUUAUUGGGAAGCCUGUGGAAGUGGUACGAAAAACAUGGGAGCUACGGGUUAGAAAUAAGGGCAGAGGAUUAUGAACAGUCUAAUAGAUUGGGUGUUGAUCGGUUCUCAUUUCGUGCCUAUUUUGUUCCCUUUUUGUCAGCAGUUCAGCUGUUUAGGAAUGGUAAAGGUCAUCCCACAAAGGAUAGUAACGAUCUUCCUACUCCUGGGAAUUUGGUGGCAGUUGAGACUGGUGAAACAUCACAAAGCUCCUGUAACAUUGGUCAUCUAACAAUAUAUUCACUGUUAGUUCCUCAGCCUCGUACUUCUGAUACAAGCGUUUUGCCACCUGAGAAAGAGGAGCAUAAAUCAGAGUGGUCUCCAGUUUCGUCUAAAGAGAAGUUGUCUGUUCGAUCAGCUGACAUGACAUGCUCCAAUGAUCCGGAGCUACUUUUUGAAUAUUUUGAAUCUGAACAACCUCGACAAAGACAACCAUUUUAUGAAAAAAUUCAAGAGCUGGCCAGUGGUGAUGGGCCUUCACAGUGGGAAGCAUACGGAGAUCCAACUAGUUUGAACUCCAUAAAUCUACAGGAUCUGCAUCCUACAUCCUGGUACUCAGUGGCAUGGUAUCCUAUCUAUAGGAUUCCAGAUGCCAAUUUUCGUGCAGCAUUUUUAACUUACCAUUCACUUGGUCAUAUGAUUCGUAGAAGUACAAAAGUCAAUUCUGCUGAUGUACAUAGUAUUGUCUCUCCGGCGGUGGGUCUCCAAAGUUAUAAUGCUCAGAGUGAAUGCUGGUUCCAGCUGAAGCACCCGACUAUGAACCAGGCCGCAGAAAACUCUGGGUUAAACCCUUCCAGGAUUCUAAAGGACCGGUUGAGCACACUCGAGGAGACAGCAUGUCGUAUGUCAAGAGCUGUUGUCAAUAAAGGAAAUCAAACCUCUGUAAAUAGGCAUCCCGACUAUGAGUUCUUCCGCUCAAGACAGCAUAGAUAGACUUCCUCAAUUUCUAUAGUCGAUCUAUGAAGUAGCAUCAAUGUUACAGUAAUAUCCAGAUUAGAAGCUAGCUAAGCUAACCUCUGUUAGGAAAGCUGAAUUGGGUGAUCUUGUUCCUUCCAUAUUUUUUACCUUUUUCUUCGAACUUUGGAACUUUGGCUCCAUUUGUGUAUGUUUUAGCUUUAAAACUGUGUAAAUGGUGUGUAGUGAAGAUACUGAUUUUACACUCUUUUUGAUGCUGUAAAUAUCUGUGUUCAUUUCUGUUGAAAAUUUUAUAAUUUUAGAGUCA